AUGGCUCCAAGCUCCGUAGCUCGACCAACCCUGGCUCACAAGCCUCAAAACUUGACGAAUGACGAAGACACUGAUAAAAAGAAUCAACGCUUCAAUAUUAGAACAAGAAGUAGAAAAACUGAUAAACCAUCUUCUCUAGUAUCUCCAGAUUUUCUUUUCGAUAUAAAUGAUAAAUGUGGACCCUCUGUCAAAGAAGAGAGGGGCUCCCAAAGGCGUGAAAAGAUUUCAAAGAAACUUGGAAGAAAGCCGAUUAUUUCUGAGCCAACCUCAAAACGAAAAGCCCAAAACCGUGCUGCGCAACGUGCAUUUCGUGAGCGCAAAGAGAAACACCUUAGGGAACUUGAGGCCAAAGUUGAAAAUUUAGAGAAAGCGUCUGAAGAAACGAACAAAGAGAAUAGCCUUCUUCGUGCACAUCUAGAAAAAGUGUCACUUGAGCUUAGUGACUAUCGGGGAAAAUAUUCGCUACUCAUGAAAGCAAACCAGAAUCCUACUUAUUACGAGUUGCCUUCAUAUCUUUCUAAGCGUACUCCUGAGACCUCCCAUGUAGCUGGCAACAGUAAUGUAGACUUCAGUUUUGAUUGCCCAAUAUAUAAAAACCUACCUCGUUAUCCGAUGGAGACAAAUGCAACUCAAACAUUUUUCAACACUCAGAUAAUACCUUCAAAUAUCCCAUCUUCUCUGGUCAAACCUUCGUCCCAGAAGAUAAGGCUUUCAGAUUCGAUAGAUAAGCCUAAAUUAUUUAAUUAUUCUGCGGCAAGGUUAAAGAAGGCCAAUUUCUCAAAUCUGCUCGAUACUUCAUUAUCUGAGUGUACCAAUAGUAAUAUAUCAUUACUCAAGAACAAUCAAAUCAGGAUUCAUGAUUCCAAGUCCGAGCCUAACACAAUUCAUGCUAAAUCAUUGGAUACGAACUUUUCGAGCAGCAGCUACAAUGAUACACACUUUUCAUCAUUAAAACAACCUCAAGAGACUAUUGAGCAGCCAUUCUUUUUACACAAUGAACCUCUUGACGCAACUAGAAACCUAAAUGUCCAUGAUUUCACCAAUCCUUCCGAGCUAGAGCGAGAUAAAUUCUGCGGAGAGAACAGUACAGUUACUAAGACUCCCAACUAUACUUUCCCACAAAUAUCUUACUGUCAUCAAAGUGAGAUUGAUAUUGGAGAAUUUGAGCUUCCAUCAUUUCCCAACAACAGUGCUGAUGUGCAGACUCGAACGUUUGAUCACUAG